AGUCUAUGAUCUGGCUAUAUUUUCAUUAAUGAUUAAGCUGUAUCUAGAAUCUAUAUAGAUCUAGAUCUAUUAUAUUCUAGGUCUAGACUGCACUGAUCGAGUGUGAUGUCAAUCAUCAAAGCAAUGGAUUUCCAAAAAAAUAACUAGACUAGAUAGACGACUCUCGAUCUAUCUAGAUUCUAGAUCUAGUAAAAUUCUAGUCACAAUCACUAUGGACGAUGUGACUUUGUCUUUCCUCAUGAUGGUCACCUUACUGGUACUUGUUGCUUUAUUAAUGAAUCAAUACAGAAAAUAUAGGCUCCGACAUUACUCUGUACCAAUAUGGGACUCUAGUAAAGGACAUAGGUUUUAUAUGGUGGACAUGUUUCCUUCUUUAACAUACUGCAAUAUUGAAGAAAAACGGCUUAGCAAUGGAGCUGAAUGUGAGGCCUGCGGUAUCUGUGUUGAUGACCAUAACAUGAAAGAAGCCAAUAAAACUAUUCCUUGCAAAGCCACUUCCAUUAAAGCAGAUGUCUUGCAGCACCACUGGGUUCGUGGUAAUCUACCACCGUACACUCAUUGUUUGGUGUGUUCCAUAGAGUGCGGCAUGCAUCUAGCCCUCACAGACCUGCGCUGUGCUUGGUGCAAAAAUACUGUUCAUGAUGUUUGUGCCACCAAAGCUGACCUUUGUGAUCUAGGAAGAUUCAGAAAACUGAUCAUCCCUCCACAUUGUAUAGAAGUGAAAUGGGUAGGGGUUAAAGGUACCCGGCAAAGACGUUUAGUGGUCAAGAAGUUAAGACAUCCACAAAUUGAUGACUGGUCUCCACUCAUUGUCAUAGCAAACAGGAAAAGUGGCAGCAACGAUGGACAGUUAAUAUUGAGACAUUUUCGUCAGCAUUUGAAUCCUGCACAGGUGAUAGAUAUUCAUGAUAUUAGCCCACAGAAUGCCCUUGAAUGGUGUAACCUAUUGCCAGAAGUGACCUUCACUUUGUUAGUGUGUGGUGGGGAUGGCACCAUAGGCUGGGUGCUGACUGCUAUAGAAAACCUGCAGCUCAUGAAUUCUCCUCGAGUUUGCAUACUUCCACUAGGAACAGGAAAUGAUCUUUCCAGAGUUUUAGGCUGGGGGGAAGGCUACUCUGGUGAUGUGGAUGUGAGUGCUAUUUUAGAAAAGAUUGAGUUAUCAAGGGCAGUCAAUCUAGACCGCUGGAGUGUCCACAUCAAGGAUUCAAAACAUAUUCCAUUUUAUCAACAUUAUAAGGCUUACACUAUGAACAAUUACCUAUCAUUUGGAGUGGAUGCUCUUGUAACACUAAAUUUUCACCGUCAGCGUGAGAGUUGGCCAGCGGUAUUUACACACCGCUUAAUAAACAAGGUUUGUUAUUUUACUUAUGGUACUAAAGAUGUUCUUGAACGAGAAUGUAAAGAUUUACAUAAGAAACUAAAGGUAGAACUAGAUGGUCGAGAAAUUGAACUUCCGGAAUUGGAAGGUGUUGUUGUUUUAAACAUUUCCUCUUGGGGUGGAGGCUGCCAACCGUGGGGAAACAAUCUAGAACCAAAUAUGACAGAACCAAGAUAUGAUGAUGGGAAAUUGGAAGUUAUGGGAUUAUUCUCAUCUUUCCAUAUUGCCCAACUUCAAGUGGGGCUAGCCACACCCCUCCGACUUGGACAGGCUCAAAACAUUAAAAUCACUUUACAUGGAGGUAAUACACCAAUGCAAAUUGAUGGAGAACCAUGGGAGCAGCAUCCUGCUACCAUCACCAUCACACGCAAAGGCCAAGCAGCCAUGAUGGCAUUGUCCUCACCCACUUGAACACAAGAACACAGCAGGCUUUAAUGGUUGGAGUAUUGCAACUAACUUUAGAUACUGUAUUAUGGAACAGAUAUUGACAGUGACAUCUGUGAUGUCAUUGGAUUAUUUUUAACUUAAAUGUCAGUUUAUGGACAGUUACUGAUAAUGAUGUCAUUGUGUUGCUUUUGACAUCAACAGUUGUUACAGAGAUAAGACUCAGAAAUCCAUGUCUAUUAUUAUGAAUACAAGCGCAGUAUUGACAAUCUUCUAUCUAUACUUUGACAGUCAUCUCUCUGUGAUAUUAUACUGAUGUACAUCUAUUUAAAUAAAUUUGUGAUGUUUUAAUAUGAAACUCACAUGGGCCAGUGAUUAAAAUAUUUAUAUUUUUAUAGCUUAUUAAUCAUUGAUAUGGCUCGUCAACAGAACAGAAAUAGCAUAUGCCAUCUCCACUCCCUGCUACUUGUAACACCUCUCACUGUCUUGCACAUUGUGGGCACAAGUUUUUUUUUUUGUUCAAGCCUGCUAUGUGUAUAGUUUCUAUUAGUUUUAGUCUCUGUUUCUUUUUAUGUACCAGUGAUAUUAUUUUUUAUUUUACUUUAUAAUGAAUUUCACUAAAUCUUGUUUGUUUAAUUUAAUCAAUAAUUUUUACGUAAAUACAUGGCUAUAUCCAUUGUUUUUACCUAGACUUAAUUUCCUUCAUGUGUUUUUUCUUUUAAUUGUGAUUUUUUUCGGCGAGGUUUUCACUGCCGUAAAGUUGUUGGCUACUUUAGCAUACUAGUUGACCUACAACUUUAGUAAGAAAGAUCUUUUUUUACAUUUUAGGAUUUUGUAAUACCCUGUACUUAACUUCUUUUUAUUUUUACUUCUUUAUCCAAUGAAAACCUGAUGUCUUGUUGAGAAUGAGUAAACCUUUUAAAUAAACUUUCUUCAAAUAAAUGUCAUGGUUCUAAGGCAGGGGUUCUCAACCUGUGGGUCAUGACCCCCUUGGGGGUCGAUUGACGAUUUGCCAGGGGUCGCCUAAGACCAUCAAAAAUAAGGAUUGUUAUUGUCUAUUCUUCUAUUGCUGUGUGUGUCUAUGGGGGGGGGGGGGUUGCGGCAGAGUGGCAUAUUGUAUAAAGGGUCGCGGAGCUUAAAAGGUUGAGAACCACUGUUCUAAGGAAAUGAAAUUUGAUCAUUAUAGUUUAUAUGAAAUAGUAAUAUAUCUAAUUAAAAACAAAAUCAUCUUACAUAUAGUAUGGUCUGCCAUUAUGUCUCCCCACAUAGGCAGCAAAGUAAUAAUAGACUGUAAUAUAGUUUAUAUAUUUUAGGAUAAUUCUAUAUAUAAACAACUGUUUUCCUUUAUAAUUUUUUUUUUUACUUUAACUUACAGCUCACCAAGAUUUUAUAACUUUUGUUCUGUGCUAGCAGAAUUAAAAAUAAAUCAUCAAAUUAGAUUCCCUCCCUUUCACUCUGAUUACCCACUGAAUGGCAGUGAUAGUGAUAUUUACUUACAAGGUGGAAGAAAUGAACCAAGAUGGAUAUUAAUUAUUUUUAAUAUUUGACCAGUCACCUUUUUUUUGGUUGUGAUAUUUUAUUUUGCUUGUUUUAAUGAUUUUUUUUGCAAAAGAAUGUUGAUGUUUUUUUUUAUUGUUUGUGCUUUUCUUUAUACACAUUUUUUUUUUCUUAUCCAUUUUUUUGAUGAGUUUUUAAAGCUGUGGAAGUAUGGUACAACAAAAGAAAAUGUUGUUUUUUUUUUUUUUGAGACCCAGUUGUCUGUGGGUCAUGUGGUUUACCAGGGACAGUGGUUAAUUAGGAUGUUAUGUGACCAGUAUACCGUUUCAAAUAAUAAUAAUAAUCUUUAUUAUCCGUAAGGAAAUGUGUCUUACAAUUUGUGCACUACACCAAACAAAAAACAGUAUAACUAUAAGAAACCAAAGUGUACAUUCACACCAGACUCACUCAUAGUUUACAUGUGACAAAGUUUAUGCCAGAUUGUUCUUAUUUCAUGAUUUGAUUGCCAGGGGAACAAAAUGUCACUUAUUAGGGAUAGUUGGAUAUAAUAACAUAUUGAAAUUGUAAGUUUAAAAAAACCCCAGACUUCUCCUGAAUUUGAACUUCAAAUCCCCAGCUUCAGUUUUGUAUAUUGGAUUAAUUUUUUUUUUUUGUAAGCAUAUUUCAUGUGCUUUUGGGUUCAUGCUAGUGGUGGGUAUUAAACUUUAUCAGGCAUCUAGUUGCUGGCCUAACUUUUUUUGUUAAAUUUACUUACAGCAAUUCUCACAUUAAAAUUUUUUUAAUAAUUAUUUGUGGGACUAUGUUCUUAUCCUGUGUCAUAAAAAUGUUUUUUUUUUAAAUUUAUUUUUAUUUUUUUUCUUAGUUGAAGUUCCAGCCUGGAGACGAUUGUUGAAGUCGGUUUGAACAUUUUGUAAAAUUAGAUCUUGGAAUGCCUGAUAUAUUUUAUUGAGCUAAAACUAUCAGUUUACAGAUGUGUUAAUAUAUUGAUUUAAUAUUGGACAGUUUUAUUAUUAGUUAUUAUAGAUUGAAAACUAAACUGUGCUAUACUAUACAAUGGUUUGGAUAUUGUCAAUAGAAGGGAAUGGUCAUAAAUAAACAAAAUUUUGUUGUUGUUUUAAAA